CUACAGCUGCAUAACCGAGACGGAAAAGGCGUCCUGCUAGCCACUUGGGAGAAACUGAUCAGCUGAGGUGGAGUGAGAGUGACAGGGAUGCCUACAGACUACUCAACACACAGACCCCGGAAGAGCAGGGCUGAUGGAUCAUAACUGCAGCGUACCAGAAGGGCAGGUCAAUAAUCUUACUGCAGAGGCAAUGCUAUCUUAAAAAGCUGCCAGAAAUGUACGCUCUGCAGCAUAAAUAGCAGCCAGCAAAGGUUUUUGGCGGAGGGAUAUGGGGCUUAUUCACCCGGCACCUCCUGCUUAGUCAUCCAGCGUCGGGUAGAAACUCAAGGACAAGCAGCCGACAUCCAACCACAAAAGAAACAUUCUGGGGGGUCCUGAUCUGAAGAUGGAGAGUUCAAGAGGGACACACCUCAACAUGGCUGCAGUGGCAUCUCGUGUUGGAGCUGCCCGGUUGCUGCAGGCAGCCUUUGGAUGUACCACGUUCAGCCUUGUGGCCCACCGAGGAGGGUUCAGUGCGGCCUACGGCACCUUCUGCAUGUCCGUCUGGUGCUUCUGUUUCGCAGUCACUGUCUUUAUCGUCACCUGCGAGUUCACGCGCCUCCACAGCUGCCUGAGCAUCUCUUGGGGGAAUUUCACCGCUGCCUUUGCCAUGCUUGCCACCCUCAUGUCCAUCACGGCCGCCGUGAUCUAUCCGCUUUAUGCCGAGUUUGGCUGCCAUUCCAACGGGUGCGAGGCGAGAGACUUCCGCAUCUCGGCCAGUGUUUUCGCGGGGCUCCUGUUUUUCGCCUACGCCGCAGAAGUAUUCCUUACGAGGGCCAAGCCAGGACAGGUGACCAGCUACAUGGCCACCGUUUCUGGCCUCUUGAAAAUUGUCCAGGCUUUCGUAGCUUGCAUCAUAUUUGGAGCUCUGGUGAACGGCAGCCAAUACGACCGGUACGUGGCAACCCAGUGGUGCGUGGCUGUCUACAGCUUCUGCUUUGUGGUGACAGUAGUGGUGGUGGCCCUCAGUGUCACAGGAAAGACAGCCAUGCUGAAGUGCCCCUUUGAGCGCUUUGUGGUUGUUUACACUUUUGUGGCCGUCCUGAUGUACUUGAGUGCUGCAGUGAUCUGGCCAGUGUUCUGCUUUGACCGUAAGUACGGCUCCCCACACCGCCCUUAUUGCCCCAGAGGCAAGUGCCCCUGGGACAGCCAGGUGGUCAUCGCAGUGUUCACGUGUGUGAACCUGGUGCUUUACAUUGUGGACUUAGCCUACUCGCAACGCAUUCGCUUCGUCUCACACCCUUAGUAGCCACCUUUGAUGCUAUUAAAAAAAAGCCAUAAAAGACUCGGGCAGCGGGAGUUUGGGGACCCGCCUAGAAA